GUAUCACACAACAUAACAUAACAACCUUAUACCGGAGCGAGGAGACAAGCGAGCAUAGCAGGGUGGUCUCUGUCACUCCAACUCCAACCACAGACCCAAUUCAGUAAAAGCUUGUUCCGAUGAGGAUGGAAUCUGCACUUACAGCUUCUAACUGGAACCGUUCUUUGAUUCGAAUUCACAACACUAAGCCACGCUUCUGUGCCACUCGCCCCACAGCAAUACGCUGCUCCAUCAACUCCUAUCGUUUGUCCAACCUCACCCCUUCUCAGCUUCAGAGCCUCAAGAGCCGACCCCGAAUCGAUUUCUCUUCCAUUUUCAGUGUGGUGUGUAAUGGGUUUUCAUAUUUCUCUUCCAUUUUCAGUGUGGUCAACCCCAUUGUCGAUGAUGUUCACAAAAGAGGGGAUGCUGCAGUCAAAGAAUACACUUCGAAGUUUGAUAAAGUUGAAUUGGAUAAGAUAGUUGAGGUUGUUUCGGACCUCCCUGACCCCGUGCUUGAUCCAGCUGUUAAGGAAGCUUUUGAUGUCGCCUACGACAAUAUUUAUGCGUUUCAUGCUGCUCAGAAGUCACCUGACAAAAGUGUUGAGAACAUGAAAGGAGUCCAAUGCAAGAGAGUUGCAAGAAGUAUUAACUCCGUGGGUCUUUAUGUUCCAGGGGGAACUGCUGUAUUACCUUCAACUGCUUUGAUGCUUGCAGUUCCUGCACAAAUUGCAGGAUGUAAAACUAUUGUUCUUGCAAAUCCUCCAACACAGGAGGGCACUACAUGCAAGGAAGUACUUUACUGUGCAAAGAAGGCUGGGGUGACUCACAUUCUCAAAGCUGGGGGAGCACAGGCCAUAUCUGCUAUGGCUUGGGGAACAGAAACUUGUCCAAAGGUUGAAAAGAUUUUUGGCCCUGGAAACCAAUAUGUCACAGCUGCAAAAAUGAUACUUCAAAACAGUGAAGCCAUGAUUUCAAUUGACAUGCCAGCUGGUCCAUCUGAAGUUUUGGUCAUCGCAGACAAGCAUGCAAUUCCUUCUCAUGUAGCUGCUGAUUUGCUUUCCCAGGCUGAGCAUGGCCCAGAUAGUCAGGUUGUUCUUGUGAUUGCAGGAGAUGGUGUGGAUCUGAAUGCAAUACAGGAGGAACUCAGCAAGCAGUGCCAGAGUCUUCCAAGAGGCGAAUUUGCCUCUAAAGCACUUGGCCACAGUUUUAUUGUGUAUGCACGUGAUAUGCUUGAGGCCAUCACUUUCUCAAACUUAUAUGCACCCGAGCAUCUAAUUAUCAACGUGAAGGAUGCAGAGAAGUGGGAGAGUUUCAUUGAGAAUGCAGGUUCUGUGUUUUUAGGGCCUUGGACACCUGAGAGUGUUGGUGAUUAUGCAAGUGGGACAAACCAUGUCCUUCCUACUUAUGGUUAUGCAAGAAUGUACGGUGGCGUGUCAUUGGACUCCUUCUUGAAGUACAUAACUGUGCAGUCUCUCACAGAGGAAGGUCUAAGAAAACUUGGGCCAUAUGUAGCAACCAUGGCUGAAGUUGAAGGCCUUGAAGCCCACAAACGAGCAGUUACCUUGAGACUUCAGGAGAUAGAGGCCAAGCAGGUUUCAAGAUGAGAUUAUGCUUCAAUCUGUUGUUCUUUUUAUCACUUGCAAGCUACUGGCUCUUAGUUUAUGCCAAGUAUAUGGCCAUUUGCUUGAUGAGAUUACCUAGAUUUAGGUGGCAUUAGUUGCUAGAAGUUGUCAUUUCAAGUUUAUGUAACAAUAGCUGGAUUCAUAUUUUGCAAUAACAAACAAAUACAAGUGCCUAAUGUGUUGGUGAUCUUCGGUUUUGAUUAAUCAAUAAUGCAUCCUAUGCAUUUGCUGGAAUGUACCCUUUUUUGUUUUA